AGUUUCACAAAAUUGUUAGUGUUCAUUGCUAACGAGCACACAGCUGAUCUCUCUACUCACACGCACAAACAUCAUGACAACGAUGAUGAGCCUUACCACAUCGUUACCAUACCCUUUUCAAAUUCUACUAGUCUUUAUCUUGUCCAUGGCAUCAAUAACUUUGCUUGGCCGAAUACUAUCAAGACCCACCAAAACCAAAGACCGGUCUCGUCAGCUUCCUCCUGGACCACCGGGAUGGCCCAUCCUCGGCAAUUUACCCGAACUAAUGAUGACUCGUCCUAGGCACAAAUAUAUCGACAUUGCCUUGAAAGGGCAAAAACCGGAGAUCGCAUGUUUCAACUUCGCCGGAACACACGCCAUCGUCAUAAACUCCGACGAGAUCGCUCGAGAAGCGCUUAAAGAGCGAGACGCCGACUUCGCAGACCGGCCAAAUCUUUUCAACAUGAGAACCAUCGGAGGCAAUCACAAAUCAAUGGGGAACUCACCCUACGGUGAGCAGUUCAUCAAGAUGAAAAGAGUGAUCACUACAGAGAUUAUGUCCGUCAGAACAUUAAACAUGUUAGUAGCUGCGAGAACUAUUGAAGCGGACAACCUCCUUGCUUACCUUCUCUCGAUGUAUAAACGGUCCGAGAAGGCCGACGUUAGAGAGUUCUCGAGGGCUUAUGGUUACGCUGUGACCAUGAGAAUGAUGUUUGGAAGGAGACAUGUCACGAAAGAAAAUGUUUUCUCCGACGAGGGAAGGCUAGGAGAAGCGGAGAAAGAUCAUCUUGAUGCGAUCUUCGAAACCUUAAACUGUUUGCCGAGUUUCUCUCCGGCUGAUUACUUGGAAAAAUGGUUUAGAGGUUGGAACAUUGAUGGUCAAGAGGAGAGGGUGGUAAGGUACGUUAAUAAAGUUCGCAGUUACAACAAUCCGAUCAUUGACGAGAGGGUGGAGUUAUGGAGGGAAAAAGGUGGUAAGGCAGCUGUUGAAGACUGGAUUGAUACUUUCAUUACGCUAAAAGAUGAAAACGGAAAGUAUUAUAUCACGCCGGAUGAAGUCAAAGGUCAAUGCGUUGAAUUUUGCAUAGCAGCGAUCGAUAAUCCGGCAAAUAACAUGGAAUGGACGCUUGCGGAAAUGUUAAAGAACCCGGAGAUUCUCAAAAAAGCUUUGAAGGAGUUAGACGAAGUGGUGGGAAGAGACAGGCUAGUUCAGGAAUCUGACAUACCAAAUCUAAACUACUUAAAAGCUUGUUGCAGAGAAACAUUCAGGAUUCACCCGAGUGCUCAUUAUGUUCCUACUCAUGUGGCUCGUCAAGAUACCACCCUCGGGGGUUAUUUCAUUCGCAAAGGUAGCCACAUUCAUGUAGCCCGUCCUGGAAUAGGCCGGAGCUCUAAAGUAUGGAAAGACCCUUUGGUAUACAAACCAGAGCGUCACCUAGAAGUAGAUGGAGUCUCGAAGGAGCUUUCUCUGGUCGAAACGGAAUUGCGUUUCGUGUCGUUUGGUACCGGUCGGCGUGGCUGCAUCGGUGUUAAAGUCGGGACGAUCAUGAUGGUUAUAAUGUUGGCUAGGUUUCUUCAAGCGUUUAACUGGAAACUCCAUCCUGGUUAUGGACCGUUAAGCCUAGAGGAAGAUGAUGCGUUGCUUAUGGCUAAGCCUCUUCUCUUGUCCGUUGAGCCACGCUUGGCACCCAACCUUUAUCCAAAAUUCUGCCCUUGAGAAGAAAAAAGAACACAAAAGAAAAAAUGAAAAGAAAAAGGAAACAAGACGCCGUUGUUUCUCUGUUAUGUCUUACAAUGGUUCAUCUUUUCACUUUGGUGUCAGUUUGUUGUUGUUUUAGACUAUCCUUGGCCAAAUAUCGCCACUGUUUCAUGUAUGUGUGUCUUUCCCUUGUUUAUGCAGGUCUUUUUUCUAUUUCGUGUAUCUCUGUUACUUAAUAACAACUAAACAUUUCGAGUCA